AUGUACGACAAUUUGGAGGUCAAAUUUGAAGAGGAUGAAGCUCUCGAAGAUCGUGAAGCAGACCCAUUGUGGUCCGGAGACGAAGAGGCUCGCGCUGACCGUAUUGCACGUCCGCACACACUGAAAGAAAAAGUAAAGGAAGCGGUCGUGGCAAAAUUUAGAGAGGAGAUCUAUGAUAAAGAUCUUCGGCAGUUUGCUUUGAAGAUCAGCGGAGAAGAUAUCCAUAUCGCGGGAUUUAAAGCCAGUCAUCAAUGGAUUCAGGAUUUCAAAAUGAUUUAG